GCUGAUCAAAGAGCUGAGGCCUGAGCGAGCAUCCCUCUGGGUUGCAGAGAGCAGAGUGAUCAAGUCGGCGGGCAGGUACACAUCGGCUGUACCGUGCGAAAGAGCACACGCGCGACAGUGGAGUAACAGUUCAGCUCUCGGAGUCGUACGAGGACGUCCGAAGCAAGCGGUUGGCCGCUGUAAUAUCGCCCUAGCUAUAGCCUGGCGACUCACGCAGUCAUCGGCCAGACACCGCUGCUAUACCUCGCGGAAUCGUACAGUAUACGGUGUUGGUGCGGCGAGUGCGCGCUCGUCGCCAUUUUCCUCGGCGCUCUCGUUCACUGUUCGCGCAGCAGCGGCCUGCGGCAGCUACUACUUAGACAGCCGAGUACCUACUUGGCACAAGGCGACGGGAGCGUAGAGAACGAGCCCGCGAGUCGAGCAGCCGAGGAGUUAAAUCCGUUUACGGCUCCUAGCCGAGCAGCGCAGCGAGAGGCCAAGUCCGUUGCUUUGCUGCUGACGCGCGCGCGCGCGCGUGUGUGUGUGUGUGUGGGUGCGUGCGUGCGAGAAUAUACAUAGCGGAGUAGUGCCUAUACUCUGUAAGUUCGGAGUGCAGCGAGGUGCACCGAUGUGCUGCGGCAGCGAGAGCAGCCCCUAGCAGAGCCGCGAGAAGCAGAGUAGGACUCGGCCCGGUCGGCGACACCUGCGUCCAGCCGUGGACGGGGGUCUCUGUGUGCGGAGCGCCGGUCACGGCGGCUGCGGCGGCGGCGACGACCCAACCCAACAAACAACCGACGAGCUGAGAGGACGACUGGGACAACGGGAACAGCAGCCUAGCGGUUGAGCAGCUCCAAUGGCUUGUCUCAAUACCCUCAAGCAGGAGAUCAGGACUCUCGAGUCCGUCUUUCCCAAGAGCCAUGAGCGCUUUCAGAUAAUGUCGGCGAGCGUCGACGAGCUCAGCUGUAGGUUCGUCGGCAAGAACGGCAAGAAGUACGAGAUUCACGCCAAUAUCACAGAAACUUAUCCUUCAACACCUCCAGUAUGGUUUGCAGAGUCAGAGGAAACAAGUGUUACAAAUGCUGUACAAAUAUUGAGUAAUACUACCGGUCUUGACAACCAUGUUAUAAAUCAAGUAGGGAUCCUCCUGAAAGAAUUAUGUCGACUCCAUUCCUUACCCGAGCCUCCAGAUGUUGAACGCCUUAGAACAGCCUUUGACCCACUCAGAUUGGGUAAUGCAACAGAUGCAGUACCUCAGCGAAUGGAGGCUGAAGAUACUGAAGAUCUUGAUGAAGAUGAAGAAAGCGAAGCCGAAGAAGAUCUUCAUUUAGAUAUGGAUGAAGGAGAAACCAAUGCUAAAAAUAAGGGAGAUGAGAUGGCCCUAGAACACCUAGCAACACUGGAAAGGCUGAGACAAAAUCAGCGACAGGAUUAUUUGAAGGGUUCCGUAUCUGGAAGUGUACAAGCCACCGAUAGGCUUAUGAAAGAACUGCGUGACAUUUAUCGAAGUGACAGUUUCAAAAAAGGAAUGUACAGUAUAGAGCUUGUGAAUGACAGCUUGUACGAAUGGAAUAUUAGGUUGAAGUGCGUUGAUCCUGAUUCACCACUGCACAAUGAUCUAGUACUUCUAAAAGAAAAAGAAGGAAAAGACAGCAUACUUCUUAAUAUGCUUUUUAAGGAGUCUUAUCCAUUCGAACCACCAUUCGUAAGGGUGGUUUACCCCAUGAUAUCCGGUGGAUACGUCUUGAUUGGCGGAGCCAUAUGUAUGGAACUGCUGACAAAACAAGGCUGGAGUUCCGCAUAUACAGUGGAAGCUGUAAUAAUGCAGAUAUCGGCGACGCUGGUGAAGGGAAAGGCACGCAUUCAGUUUCAACCAACCGGCGGUGGCGGCAAAGUUUGCAGCGGACAGGGGCAGUACAGCCUUGCACGAGCGCAGCAAUCUUUUAAAUCGCUCGUUCAAAUUCAUGAGAAAAAUGGUUGGUUCACACCACCAAAGGAGGAUGGCUAAUGAAACAUAGUGUGAAGGAGUGACAAUAUUGACGCGUGCUUAUAUUUGAGACUUUAUCGGUGAUCCGAAAAAAUAAUAGUUACGAUAAAUGAUUUGAUACACAAACACAACAUUAACUAGGUAACUUAAAAUUUAAGAUACUGAAUUAAUCGUAUGUAUAAUUCCUUUGAUCGCAAAAGGAUCGUCGCGCAAAGCAAAGUGGUGUGUUUGAUUUUCAUAUCUAUUAUACUUUCCUUAGAUGAAUAUUGGGACAGUUAGUAUUGAUCGAUCUAGCAAUUUCUGUUGGGCGGGAACAGUUUUAUGUUCGUGAAAAUUGUGAUCGCUUUUAUUAUUUUCAUGAGUUCCAGUCAAAUGUGCCCGCUCGAAAAUAUGAAAUUAUAACAAAAAACAUGAAACUGCGUGUAUGCAAAUGUGCUUCCUUUUUCACCGAAAUGUAGGCUUUCGAUAAUAAUUUGUAGAUUAUAUUGUGUAGCAAGAGCGAGUAUCUUUCCGUUUAUAGGGUCUUUUUGACCAAUUGUAGUUUGCAGAACAAGUUCAAGCGAGUGCUUAUCGUUUUUCGGAGAGAAGUACUGCAAACAAUACUUGAUGAAGAGCUCCAGUCUCGCUCUUGGCGUACAUACAAAUUUUUGUAACACAUGUGAUGAUUUUUGCAUUUUUUUCAUACGUGGGAAGCAGACGAUUUAACUAACUUUUUAGCGGGUCAUCAUGAAUUUUCACCGACUGCUGACAGUUAGUUUUGCUUGGUGGUUUGAAUAGAUCAUUUUUAAAGCCCGCUACGUUGAAAUAAAAGUCUCAAAAAUCAUAAA